AUGGCGAUAAAGGCGACACAUCUAGAGGUUGUGAGCGAUUUGUCGUCCGACGGUUUCCUGGCGGCGUUGCGACGAUUCGCUGCUAGACGUGGAUUGCCAGCCCAUAUCCAAACUGACAAUGGGACUAACUUUGUGGACGCAAACAAUCAAUUAAAGGAAUUGUACGCCUUAUUUAAUUCGGAUGAACACAAAAAUCUUGUAGAAAGAUUCGCUAGCGAACAUCGCAUUAAGUGGCACUUCAUACCGCCGAUAGCACCGCACUUCGGCGGGUUAUGGGAGUCCACGGUAAAGUUGUUCAAACAUCACUUCCGACGAGUGGUGGGCGACUCCUUAUUCACAUUCGAGGAGUUAAAUACGUUUGUAGUCGAAGUCGAAGGCAUCCUAAAUUCCAGACCUAUUACUUCCCUUUCCUCCGAUCCGAACGACCUGUUGGUGUUAACACCGGUGCAUUACUUAAUUGGAAAGCCGCUAACGACCCUCCCGGAGGGCCAUUUAUCGUCUGUUCCAGCUAAUCGGUUGUCUUGCUGGAAACACAUCACAAAGUGGACUAAGGAUGGACCGAAGCUGAAUGUUGGAACAGUCGUACUCCUAAAGGAUAAGAACCUGCCAUGUUCACAAUGGGCAAUGGGCAAAAUCACCGAGCUACACCCAGGCGAGAACGGCAUAGCGCGGACUGCCACCAUUCAAACGGCCACCGGGGAGCUAAAGAGGACAACUAAGCUUCUAUGUCCAUUACCAAUCGACUAA